AUGCCGCGCGAGAUCAUCACCAUCCAGGCAGGCCAGUGCGGGAACGCAAUCGGCUCUCGAUUCUGGCAGCAACUAUGUCAAGAACACGGGAUCUCGCGGGACGGCAACCUCGAAGACUUCGCGAGCGAGGGCGGCGUGGGCGACCGCAAGGACGUCUUCUUCUACCAGAGCGACGACACACGCUAUAUCCCACGAGCGAUCCUCAUCGACCUGGAGCCCCGGGUGAUCAACAGCAUCCAGAGCGGGCCGUACAAGAACAUCUACAACCCCGAGAAUUUCUUCAUCGGCGAGCACGGCAUGGGCGCGGGCAACAACUGGGCCGCGGGCUACGCGGCGGGCGAGAGGGUCCAGGAAGAGAUCUUUGACAUGAUUGACAGAGAGGCGGACGGGAGCGACUCGCUCGAGGGAUUCAUGCUGCUGCAUUCGAUUGCUGGCGGGACGGGGUCCGGGCUCGGGUCGUACCUCCUCGAGCGCAUGAACGAUCGGUUCCCAAAGAAAAUCAUCCAGACAUACUCGGUGUUUCCGGACACCGCGACCGGCGACGUCGUGGUGAACCCCUACAACAGCCUGCUCACCAUGCGGCGGUUGACACAGAACGCGGACUGCGUCGUGGUUCUCGACAACGGCGCCCUGUCGAGCAUUGCUUCCGAGAGACUGCAUGUUCAAGAGCCUUCGUUUCAGCAGACGAACCAAUUGGUUUCUACAGUCAUGUCGGCUUCUACGACGACCCUGAGAUAUCCGGGAUACAUGCACAAUGACCUGGUGGGAAUCAUCGCAUCUCUGAUCCCUACGCCACGAUGCCACUUCCUGAUGACCGCCUACACGCCUUUCACCGGGGACAACGUGGACCAGGCCAAAACGGUGCGCAAGACUACGGUACUCGACGUGAUGCGCCGACUGCUCCAGCCGAAGAAUCGAAUGGUGUCCAUCACCCCUUCCAAAUCCUCUUGCUACAUUUCAAUCCUCAACAUCAUCCAAGGCGAGGCCGACCCGACCGACGUGCACAAGUCUCUUCUGCGCAUCCGAGAACGGCGCAUGGCAAAUUUCAUCCCGUGGGGCCCGGCUUCCAUCCAGGUGGCUCUGACCAAGAAAUCCCCGUACCUCCCCAACACGCACCGGGUCUCGGGCCUCAUGCUCGCGAACCACACCAGCGUUGCGACCCUCUUCCGGAGAAUAGUGGUCCAGUACGAGAAAAUGCGAAAACGAAAUGCCUAUUUGGAGCAAUAUAAGAAGGAGGCUCCGUUCGCGGAAGGGCUAUCUGAAUUCGAUGAAGCAAAGGAAGUGGUGAUGGGCCUGAUUGGCGAAUAUGAGGCAGCGGAGAAGGACGAUUAUCUUGAUCCAGAGGCCGGAGAAAAGAAAGCUGAUGGUGCUUAG